AUGUCUAGCGACACUACAAUACGAACUGACACACAAAACCCUGAAAAAGGAAAAGGCACCGGAAAGCGACUGCUUGAAAACGAGCAAAGUGAGGUCAUUAAAGAAGAGGAGGACCAAGAAUGGGUUUCUGGACAAGAAACAAAAAAACGACGGCGGGUUGAAGGUAUCUCUGCGACCCCUACUGCCUCUAGUGAUCUUUAUCUUGACACAAUAAAUCGACACAUGCUCGACUUUGAUUUUGAGAAAGUCUGUUCGGUGUCUUUGUCAAAUUUGAAUGUAUAUGCGUGUUUAGUGUGUGGCAAAUAUUUUCAAGGACGUGGACGCCAAUCACACGCCUAUUUCCAUAGUUUACACGAAGACCAUCACGUGUUUAUAAAUUUGCACACUCUUAAAGUCUACGUUUUGCCAGAUGGGUACGAAGUUAUUGAUUCUUCGUUGGAGGAUAUUAAGUAUGUGCUGCAUCCGACUUUCACGAAAGAACAGGUAGCCCAGCUGGAUCAGAACGUCAAACAUUCAUAUGACUUGAACAAUAAAAAAUACUUACCAGGAUUCGUCGGUCUAAAUAAUGUUAAGGCCAAUGAUUACGUCAAUAUUAUUAUUCAAUCUUUGGCUCACAUUCCACCACUGCGAGAUUACUUUAUUUUGCAAAAUUUCGAAGAACAUUCAGAACUAGUUCAACGAUUUAGCACACUAGUUCGAAAAAUAUGGAAUCCGCGAGCCUUCAAAGGCCAAGUAAGUCCCCACGAACUCUUGCAGGAGAUUUCAAAUGCCAGUAACAAACGAUUCAAACUAUCGGAUCAAAGUGAUCCGCUUGAGUUUUUGUCGUGGUUCUUGAAUGCUCUUCAUAAAGACUUGGGUGGAACGCGCAAAUCUGAUAGCAGUAUUAUUUAUCAAAUAUUCCAAGGAGAGCUCAAGGUGGAACAGCAAUCCGUUAUUGUUAAAGAUAACAAAAUUACUACAAAGAAUUCGCCGUUCCUCUAUUUGACAUUGGAUCUGCCACCGCCUCCGCUAUUUCAAGAUGAAAUAGAAAAGAAUAUUAUUCCACAGGUUUCGUUAACCACUAUUUUGACAAAAUAUGAUGGACGCACACCUCAGGAGUCUGGCGGUAUGUUAAGUAGAUACCACCUUCUAAAGUUACCCCAGUAUCUCAUUUUCCACAUAAAGAGAUUCACGAAAAAUAAUUGGGCUGCCGAGAAGAACCCGACGAUUGUGAAUUUUCCCAUAAAAAAUAUUGAUAUGCGUGAUUAUCUAGAAGACCCCGACGCGGAAAAUAUCAAUACUCACUAUGAUCUAAUAGCUAAUAUCUGUCAUGAAGGCAAACCCGGAAAAGGGAACGGGAUCUACAAGGUUCAUGUUCAGCAUCGUGGCAAAGACCAAUGGUAUCAGAUACAAGAUUUAAUUGUUGAAGAGAUCAACGCACAGAUGAUUUUCUUGUCGGAAAGUUAUAUUCAGAUUUGGGGAAAAAAGCAAUUAAAUAAUUGA